CCUCUCAAAGGGCCCCCACCCACGAGGAAUAAAGAGCACUUCAGUUCUCUACAUUGGUUUUUGUACAAGUCAUGAAUGAGGUAAGGUUUUUAUGUCUUUUGGUUCUUUGGGUUUUGGUUUUUCCGACAGAUUCUCUUGUAGGUCCAUCUGGUCUCAAACUCACUAUGUCACCAGGAUGACCUUGAGCUUUUUAGGUGGAGGUACAUGGUUUUGUGUGUGUGUGUGUGUGUGUGUGUGUGUGUGUGUGUGUGUGUGUGUGUGUGUGUGUUUGCACGUGUGGAGGCCAAAGGUUAUCAAAUCUUUUACAUGCUUGCUGCAGAUCUAAAUCCAUGCUUGAGCAACAAGCAUUUUACAGACUGAGCCAAUUUUUAGCCCUGACCUUGAAUUUCUGAUCCCCCUGCCUCCACUGUCUAAGUACUGAGAUUAGCAACGUAUGCCACUAUGACCACAUUAUGUGGUGCUGGGGAUCGAACUCACAGCUUCAUGCAUACGAGGUAAGAAUUCCACCUACUGAGCCAUACCACCAACCUGGUUUCACAUUUUUAAGUGACUGAGGGGGGAAACCCAAUGAAGAAAAAUAUUUUCUGACAGGACACUUCCAUGGAAUUCAAGUUUCCCUUUCCACAAAGCUUUGGAGUGCAGCCAUGUCCGUUCAUGUAGAUGUUCUAGGGCAUUGCUUUUGUGCUGUGUCAGCAGAAUUAGGAUUUACAAAAGAUUUAAGGCCCUUCAACUCCAAAUUAUGAACUCCAUCCCUUCCCACAAUUUGCUGAUCCGAGCUCUUGCUGUUCCUCCGGAGGUCCACCCCAGCUGGCCUCACUGCACCUGAGGCCCUUGUUGCCAGAACCCGACUGGCUGACCAGGGGGAGCUUCCUCCAGAAGACACUGCUGUGGUUGUUGGUGGUGGUUUGCUGGCCUCUUCCUCUCCAGCAUGAGGACUACGAUGGAUAUGAGGUUCUCUGUGAAAUGAACACUUUAUGAAAUGAAAAGGAAAAAGGAGGGAAGGGAGGGAGGAAUAGAGAAGAAAGGACAAAAGUGGGAUUUCCAAGUCUAACUUCUAAGAAAGAUAGUGGGAAAACACUCCCAAAUUUAGCUAUUCCAAGAAUGCAUGCUUCAAUUCUGGUCAUGUUUUUUAACAAGAGCACAGUUAGUUUUUACUAUUUAUAAAGAAGGCAUAAAGAUGUGUAUUCAUAAAUAGAUAAAAUGAACCAUAGCUUUGCUGAAGUGAGAUUCAAUAGCUAUCCAAAUUUAACAUCCUCCCAUUUACAUUGUAGGAUUUGUUCAGUUCUUGUGGGGGAAAAAACACUCUAUUUUAAGUCCUCAACAUUAUGGGGUUUUAUUUAUUUUUAUUUAAUUAUUUGAGAUACAGUUUCACUAUGUAGCCUAGGCUAGAUUCGAACUCUCCAGCCUCCCACAUGCUGGGAUUACAAAAAUGUGACAGCACACCUGACUCCAAAUGAGUCCUUUUACUUUUUGUGGCAAGGGGCUUUAUGCAUGUAGGCGAGUACUCCGCCACCGAGCACACCUUAGCCCCAAGAGAUUCUAGGCAAGUACUACGCCACCGAGUACCACCUCAGCCCCAAGAGAUUCUUUUUUUUUGGUUUUUCGAGACAGGGUUUCUCUGUAGCUUUGUGCCUUUCCUGGAACUCGCUUUGUAGACCAGAGGCCUCGAACUAACAGAGAUCCACCUGCCUCUGCCUCCCGAGUGUUAGAAUUAAAAGCGUGCGCCACCACUGCCCGGCCUUUUUUUUUUUUUUUUAAUAAUUUAUUUUAUGUGCAUUGGUGUGAAAGUAUCAGAUCCCCUGGAACUGGAGUUACAGACAGUUGUGAGAGGUCAUGUGGGUGCUGGGAAUUGAACCUCUGGAAGAGCAGCCAGUGCUCUUGACCACUGAGCCAUCUCUCCAGCCCCCACAGGAGAUUCUUAAAUGAUCUGGCACUAAAGAGAAUGCAUAAUAGAUAGUCAAUGACACCAUCCUUUGAUUCUACCAAUAACCUUCAGUGUGUCAUACUAAAGCUCCAUUCUGCUCUACACCUUAGCAGCUCACCUCCCUCCUCCUAGAUCAGUAACAAGGCUCUUCCUGUGUGAAGGCUAACUAACCUGCCAGCGAAGAAAGUCCUGCCAUUGAAGUUCUUCCAAUUGCCAUGAGACCAUUUUACACCCCACUGGAAGAUCAUACUUUCUUGUACUUCAGGCACUGUUCUAUUGCUGUGAAGAGACACAGUGAAUAACUGAGGGAAGAAAGCAUUUCAUGGGAGGCUUGCUUACAGUUUCGGCAGAGUCCAUGAUCAUCACGGCGGGGAGCACAUCACGGCGGGGAGCACAGCAGCAGGCAGGUCUGAGGAGGACAUCAGAUUCCCUAGAAUUGGAGUUACAGAGGGUUGUGAACCACCAUGUGGUUGAUGGGAAUCGAACUCCAGUCCUCUGCAAGAGCAACGAGUGCCCUGAACUUCUGAGCCAUGUCUCCAAGCCCCAAAGGAGAGGUCAAGGAGUUUGCGGUGGUUUCCAGAGAGUGGUUUAGCCUGCUCUCUCUCCCUAGCCUCUCCCACCCAAAGGCAAAGCUGCGUAUCUGGGUGGCCCGCCUCUUCUCUUCGUGCCCCGCCCAGUCGCCCCGCCAGGGGCAAAACUAUCUUAGUCAGCGCCUAGUUGGGGUUCGCAGCCAUUGUCAACAGCAGCGAAGAAAAGCGAAAAGCGACAGCCCAGUCCGCAGCCAAAUCAGAGCACGAACACAGAGCCCUCGGCGUAGGAAGGCCAGCCAGGCUCCGCCCAAUUGUUGCACGCCCCGCCCCGGUACCUUAGCAACAGUAAACAAUGCGUGGUUGGGAGGCGGUGGUGAGCAAGACCCAAGUGGUCUGCAAGUUGUUCUCUGAGUACCGCGCCGCCCAGCCCCUAGAAUCCGGUGAGCCGGGCCUUGACCAGCGGCCCAGUGGCUGGCAGCUUGCUGAGCCCGCCCAGCUCCCCCAAAAGCAUCUGUGCCCCCGCACACGGCGAGGGCACCCAACUGAGGCCACGGCGGGGGCAGGCGGCAAUGCGCAGUCAGGUAAAGGGAAGAAAGGGAAAGCCCGGGCCAAGACUAGCGGGAAGAAGCAGAAGCAGAAGAGGCCGGAACCGGACAUCCUCAGCCCUGCCGCCAUGCUGAACCUCUACUACAUCGCCCACAAUGUUGCCGACUGCCUGUAUCUUCGAGGCUACACCUGGCCAGGAGCACCCAAGGGGAAGAGGGGGAAAAGCAAGAUUUAAGUGAUAGAAUUCAAAGCAUGUCUUGGUUUCAAAGAACAGGAAGUGGGAGAAAGCAUUCAGGACAGCUCAAUGCUGACAGGUGAACUAGACUACUGGAGACAUCGAGAAACAUGUAGCCAGUGCACUUCUCUGGGGUAAAUAAGGUAAAUGCAUGUUUAUUGCCACAGCUAAGUCAGACACUAGGUGGCUUCCCUUUGGUUUUUCAGAAGUAGUCGGAAAAACCAAACCCAAGUGGUUCUUAAAGGCAACGCUGGCAUUGGUAGUGAUUUUUAUCGUAAUAUAAUCAUAGUUCUGGACCUGAAUUAAACCUUGUUCUCAAAAGGCA